AUGUCUUACACCCAAUACCAACAGCACGGUGGAAAUCCAUACAACAAUGGACCUGAUGCGGAGGCCGGACGAGGCGGAGUGAACGGUCAAGAUCUAGGACAUGAGAUGUCCGGGUAUUCCGCGACAUCCCAAUACUCCAGUCACGCAUACGGCGAUUCUGGAGCACCAGCGCCAUCAUCCACGAUCCUCACUCAACAAGACUUCCUCGCCCGCGUCGCCUUGGUCAAAUCCGAAAUCCGGACCCUCUCCUCCAACAUCCAAGAAAUAGCAGCGCUGCAUCAACGAGCGCUUUCGUCGCCUGAUAGCAACUCGUCUGCCCAGCUCGAGAAUCUCGUCACUCAGACCCAGCUGAAGAACACCCAGAUCCGGGAUCAGAUCAAGUUUCUAGAGGCCGAUGAGCUCAAAACACAGGAUGGGACGAAGAAAGUGAAAACUAAACAGGCGAAACAGCUCAAGGGGGAGUUUGAGAGGGCGUUGAAGGACUAUCAACAGGAAGAGGUUGGGUACAGACAGCGGUACCGGGAGCAAAUUGCGAGGCAGUACAAAAUUGUGAACCCCGAUGCUUCGGAUACUGAAGUUCAAGAGGCGUCCGAGAUGGAUUGGGGUUCUGAAGGUGUUUUCCAGACUGCUCUCAAGAGCAAUCGUUCCGGACAGGCCUCGUCAGUCCUUGGCGCAGUGCGUGCUCGCCAUAAUGAACUCCAACGCAUUGAAGCUACCCUAACAGAUCUUGCUGCCAUGUUCGCGGAUAUGGCCCAAAUUGUAGAGGUUCAGGAUCCAGUUAUCGCGCACACCGAGGAAAACGCAGUACAGACAGCCGCGGACGUGGAUAAGGCCAACACCGAAAUCGACAAGGCGCAAGAACAUGCCAGACGUCGGAGAAGGAACAAGUGGUGGUGCUUGUUGAUCGUCGUUCUCAUCGUCCUGGCUCUUGCUCUUGGCAUCGGAUUGGGUAUUGGCUUGACCAAGACCGCCACUUCGAAGGCGACGUAG